GACACCUGAGACCUUGGGAAUAACUUUUUCUCUCCCAAGUGGCUUUAUUUAGCAAUUUGCAACCAGGGCCUGAUGAGGGGAACUGGCUGAUCACCUCUACAGCAAGAGCAGUCACCAUGUGGUGUGGGAAUAUGCUCCAGUCUGCUUCUGGGUGUGCUGUCUAUGAGGUGGUGACAGUGACAGGAGAUGUCCGAGGAGCAGGAACCGACGCCAAUGUCUUUGUUACUCUCUUUGGAGAGCAUGGGAUUACUCCCAAGACUCAUCUCACAAGCAAGAGCAGCACGGCCUUUGAGAGGAGUAAAACAGAUGUGUUCCGAGUGAAAACCAAUAAUGUUGGACAAAUAAAGAAAAUAAGGAUUGAGCAUGAUAACACCGGACUGAAUGCAGGCUGGUUCCUUGACCGUGUGAUUGUGACUGACAUGAACAGACCUCACCUGCGGUUCUACUUCCCCUGCAACAACUGGUUGAGCAAGGAGGAUGGGGAUGGACUGUAUGUCAGAGACCUCAUCGGCAGCCUGAACCCCAUGGAUGUGCCCAAAAUCAACAAAUACGUGGUCCGGGUUUUUACUGGUGAAGUUAGCGGCAGUGGAACAGAUGCGGAUGUCUUCAUCAAUAUCUUUGGUGAGAAAGGAGACACAGGUGUGAGGAAACUGGACAAUGACAAAGACAACUUUGAAAAGGGAGCUGAGGACAAGUUCACACUUGAUGCUCCAAAUUUGGGAAAGUUAAGGAAAAUUAAUAUAGGGCAUAACAACAAGGGUGGCUCUGCUGGCUGGUUCCUUGCAAAGGUGAUUAUUGAAGACAUUGGCAACAAAUGUGUGUACCAGUUCCCAGUUGGACGCUGGUUUGCUUUAGAUGAAGAUGAUGGAAAAAUCCAGAGGGACAUUCUUGUUGGGGGCACUGAGGCCACAGGUAUCGUGUACAACGUUGCUGUAGUAACAGGAGAUAUCAGAGGAGCUGGCACUAACUCCAAGAUCCACGUAAUCCUCCAUGGGUCCAAAGGCUUAAAGAACAGUGGGAAGAUUUUCUUGGAAGGAGGUGAAUUUGAGCGUGCCAGGACAGAUCUCUUUAACGUGGAGAUAGCUGCCCUUCUCAGCCCGCUCAGCAGAGUCACCAUUGGGCACGACAAUUGUGGUGUCAGUUCUGGAUGGUAUUGUGAGAAGGUGGUGGUUUAUUGCCCAUUCACUGGUAUUGAACAGACCUUCCCCUGUGAUAAAUGGCUGGAUGAAGAUGAAGGAGAUGGUCUUAUAGAGCGGGAACUCUAUGAAAUGGUCUCACUACGCCAGAGAAGACUGAAAAAUCAUCUGGAGCAAUUUUUAGGAGCUACCUGGAUCUGCUUUGCACCAUACACAAAAAGCCCCUGGUCUCUGUGGAUCUGGACAAGUGACAUCAAGAAUGCAGGGACGGAUGCCACCAUCUUCUUCCAGAUUUAUGGAGACAAGGGGAAGUCAGAUGAGAUGAAGCUGGACAACAAUUCAGACAACUUUGAAACCGGACAGACUGACAAGUUCAUGAUUGAGCUCCCUGAUCUGGGCACGUUUUAUAAGCUUCGGAUAUGGCAUGAGAAAAGAAAUCCCUUUGCUGGCUGGCAUCUGAACAAGGUGAGGGGAUGGCAGGGGAAGGUAGACCUGGAAAGACAGAUUAGUUGCAGUCCUGGGUCACUGCAUUCCCCAGAUGGCAGCUAAGUUUGAUAUGCAGUCAUCAGAGGUGCCUCCCUUUACAGACGGUGCAGCCCUAGGGGUGGAAGUGGAAAUCCUACAUGAGAACAGGAUGUGGAGAGAGCACAUCAUAGCAUUCACAAAAAUACAUGGGGAGACAAGGGUUCAUUGUAUGGUUUUGGAAGAGAUUUCUUCUCCCUCCUCUCCUUUUCAGUUCAGCCCAGAUAUGUGUGGGAAAUGAGAGCAACGGGAAAUGGUAGCUCCCA